AUGAGUUCAUCAGACUACUCUUACGAUGACCAGGUGAGCCCAAUUCUUCCCCUUCUUCAUCCUGACGCUCACGGGCCUGGUCACGAUACCCCUGACGUACAACGUCCUGCAAGCCAGCAAGAGCGACGAGAACAUCGCGCCCCGCAUCCACACCGACUACAACGUCAAGCAUGGCGACGUGGUCGCCGACCUGCGCGCGGCGCAGAAGCGGAAGCAGCGCAAGGUCAAGCGCACCCUUGUCGCCCUCGCCGGCUGGGGCCUCAUGGGCUUCAUGGCCUACCUGAUCAUGACGACAGAUCCGCCACCGAGAAGCAAAUCAAGUCGCACUACAAGCGCCUCUCCGUCAAGUUCCACCCCGACAAGGUCCGCCCCGACGCCUCCAAGAACGAGACGGUCGAGUCCCUCAACGACCACUACGUCGAGCUCACAAAGGCAUACCAAGCUCUCACCGACGAGGAGGUGCGCAACAACUACAUCCAGUACGGCCACCCCGACGGCAAGCAGAGCUUCAGCAUCGGUAUUGCCCUGCCCAAGUUCAUCAUCUCCGACGGCAACGGCAAGUACCUUGUCCUACUCUACACUGGCCUCCUCGGCGUCCUGCUGCCCUACCUGGUCGGGUCCUGGUGGUAUGGCACCAAGAAGAGGUCCAAGGAGGGCGUCCUGAUGGAGAGCGCAAACAACUUGUUCCGCCAGUACGACGAGUCCAUGGAUGAGGCCGGCAUCAUCACCGCUCUGAGCGCCGGCAAGGAGUUCGAGACCGUGCUCAAGGGUGACCAGGCCGACCAUGGCCUGUCCAAGAUUGAGUCGCGCAUCACGGCCGACGGCGAGGCGUCCCUGUUCGCUGCUGGGUUCUCCGUCAAGGACAAGGAGAAGCUUGAAGACCUCGAUAGUGGCGUGCGUCGGAAAGCUCUCGCCUUGCUCUGGGCCUACCUUGGACGUGUCGAGCUCGAUGACCCUGCCUUGACCAAGGCCAAGUACGACAUCGCCCCCAUCGCCCGCAUGCUCAACCAGUCUUUUGCCACCAUCGCCCUCGCCUACGGCAACAUUGGCCCCAUCGCCGGGUCCUUUUACGCCAACCAGCACAUCAUCCAGGCCAUCUCCCCGAAAUCCUCGCCCCUACUUCAACUCCCGUACUUUACGCCCAAGAUCGCCAUGGCCGUCGAGGGCGACUCCAAGACCCACUUGACCGUGCAGCAAUUCAUGGACCUGCCCGAUGCUCAGCGGAGAAAACUUGCUGUCGGCAAGGGUCUGUUGACGGACAACGAGUAUAAGACAGCCGUCAGCGUUGGAAAGCAGCUCCCCUACCUGCGCGUCGCCAAGGCCUUCUUCAAGGUCACGGGCGAGCGCGUCAUCAUCCCCUCUGCCCUCGUCACCCUGGUCAUCAAGGGCCGCUUCGUCCCCCCCGGCACCGAGAAGGUUCCGGCCGUCAACGAGCUGGACCUUGAGGAUAUCGACGCCGCCGAGGAUGACCUGGAUGCCCUCAUGGGCCGCAAGAGCAAGACCAUCAAGGGCCCCGAUGGCAAGCCCAUCUCCGUCGAGGAGCAGUCCAUCCUGCCGCCGCUGACGUUCGCCCCACACUUCGCCCGCGAGCAGACGCCCAAGUGGUACGCUUUCCUGAGCGACUCGAAGCAGGGCAAGAUGGCCGUGCCGCCAUUCACCUUUGAUCGCUUCGACCAGCCCAUCUUUGACGAGCAGGGCAAGCCGACGUUCAACAUGCAGACGCUCAAGGCUCAGUUCGCUGCACCGCCGCAGCCGGGCCACUACACGUUUGUCAUGCACGUCGUCUGCGACUCGUACGUCGGUUUCGACACCAAGAUGGAGGUGACGCUGGUGGUGGAGGAUGCUGCAAAGGCGGCGGAGAUGGAGUGGGAGGACGAGAUUAGUGAACCCGAAGAGGGUAAGCCACCCCUUUACCCUUCUCCCAAGGAUAAUGUUCAAAUGCUGACUUUUGCAGACUCAGUCGCCGGACAGAUGCACGCGCUCAGGACGGGCGAGGCGCCUCAGCCCAGGCGGCGGAAGGACCAAGAGGAGGAGUCGGACGACGAGAGCGGCACAGAGGAGGAGGAGGACGACACGAGCGACACCAACACGGACACGGAGGACGAGUCAUAG